AGGGUUGGUCAUCCAAAUAUAAAAAUUUCCUGGUGUAACUGCCCCUAAGUUUGGAAUUAACACGUUGCUCCUCUGAAUUUUCUCUAUUUUUUAAUUAUGUCAUCACAGCAAAGUGUAAGACUUCAGAGAUGAAUGCUUACCUCGGAUAGUUUUCUAAACCCUAGAAAUUAGUAAAAAUAAUGAGGUUUCUCAGAUCGCUGCUGCUUCUUCUACUUCUUCUUCUUAAUCUUCUUGUUGUGACCCAACUGGAAACCCUAAUCUUUAACCCUUCUGAGUCCAUUCUCAAGGAAGAAACACCCAAAGCUUUGAAUCCGGCCGUAUCCAAAAAAGCUCUUAGAAAGCUAGCUGAGUGGAGUAGCCUGUGAUUACUCUAAUUUCAGACAACAAUCUGUUCUUUGAGACAAAUCAGCAGGUUUUAAUGCUUUGAACCAACUUCCUAUAAUUUAAGAUAACUCUUUGUUUAUGGUUCAGAAAUGUCUGUGAAAAGCCAGAAAAUUGCAGAGGAGGCUUAUGAGCAAUCUAAUGGCAGGACUAACCAUCAUAGUCUACAUGAACCAUUGUGGCUUAUAAUUCUAGAAACAAUUACUGCUGCUGCUCUUGUUGUUUUCUUAGUAAUCUGCAUUGUUCAUACCAUUAAAAGAUGCAAAUCAAAGUCAAAGUUCGCAAUCCAUCGGAUGAGAACACAAACGACGAAGGAUCUUGAAUCAAUAUCUAUUGAUGAUGGAUUUCUGAAAAAUGCUUUAGUUUAUAGCCGAGAAGAACUCGAGCAAGCUUGCGAAGAUUUCAGCAACAUUAUUGGAUCUUCGGCGAACAGUAAAGUUUAUAAGGGCACUAUAAAGGAUGGUUCUGAAAUUGCUGUAAUAUCUCUUUCAGUAUCAGCUUCUCACUGGCCAAGCUAUCUUGAGCUUGGCUUUCAGAAGGAGGUAGAGAACUUGGCAAAAUUAAAACAUGAAAACAUAUCAAAACUUAUUGGUUAUUGCGAAGAGAAUGAGCCAUUUUCAAGAAUGUUUGUCUUCGAGUAUGCAUCCAAUGGGACGUUGUAUGAGCAUCUCCACUAUGGUGAUGCAGGUCUGCUUUCCUGGCUCAGACGAAUGAACAUCGCGAUUGGCGUUGCUCGUGGACUCAGAUACUUGCACACUGAAGUGCAGCCUCCAUUCGCAAUAUCUGAACUCAACUCUAAUGCAGUAUAUUUGACGGAGGAUUUCUCUCCAAAGUUGGUUGAUUUUGAAAGAUGGAAUACUAUUGUUUCAAGAUCAGACAAUGCCUCAGGCUACUUAUCUAAUGGAAGCUUAUUUAAUGGCUUUCUUGAGCCUUCAGAGACAUGGGAUGUGGAUGUGAAAGGUAACACAUAUGCCUUUGGGGUGCUCUUACUAGAAUUAAUAAGUGGAAGAUCUCCCAAUUAUAAAGACAGAUGCAGCAUUGUAGAUUGGGCAAAAGAUUUUCUGCAAGACCCCAACAAGAUGAGAAUGUUAGUAGAUCCAGAAAUGAAGAAUGUGAAGAUUGAAAACCUCUCAGUUUUGUGCAGUGUGAUCAGCCUCUGCACCGAUCCCGAGCCGUCGAAGCGGCCGUCGAUGCAGAUAUUAUGUGCAAUGUUGGAGGACGGCGUCGACGCGUCGGUCGACACUGUUCUUAGAGAGUCUUCUCUGGCAUGGACUGAGCUUGUUCUCCCAAUUUAGUUCAGAUUUCCUGAUUCAAACACAGGAAAUGGUUGAUUCUAUCUUGAAAACUGCUGAAAAUGCAAAUUCAGAAAAGCUUGGGGGUCUGCCUGAGAAUUUGCAAUGCCACUCAAUUCUUAUGUGUUUACAUAUCUUUCUUGAAAUCUUAUUUAUACAUGAAAAAAGUG